AUGGCGGCCACGGCGGCGGCCGGGGCCGGUCGGGGACGGCGGAGGAGUGUUGCCCGGGGUUGGCAGGAGGCGGCACGGAUGGCUCCGGGCGGUGGCGGCGCGAGGAAGAAGCCCCAAGGUCCGCUCGGCCCGAGCAGACCUGGGCUGCCACAGGCUGGCCGAGGCGGUGACGGCGGCUCGCUGGCGCGGCGGCGACCGGCGAGGAGGGUCGCCGAGGGUACGGGGACGGCGGAGGGAGCGGGCUCAGGCGGCGGCGGCGCGCUGGAGAUGUCACACGUUGGCCUCGGCCCGAGCUCGGUCUGGCAGCUGCCGCUGGCAGCAACGGCGCGAGGAGGCGGCGGCGGUCGACGGGGAGGCUCGCCGAAGCACGGGGCGACGCCGGUGAAGGGCCGGGAGUUCAUUUUCUUCUAA